AUGGCAAAGGGGUUUUGCUCCAAAAGGAUGAUAGCUGACUUAUGGCCAACUUUUGGAACACCGAAUUUGUUGAGCCAUUUCCCAUUUCUAACUGUAGCUUGGGGACCUUAUGCCUUUUUCCGGGUGUUGGAGGAGUCAGGUGCAAGUGCACAACCUGCCAAUACCGUGGACACGCAAAAUGUACAGACCUCGGAGUCUCACAUUGAAAAUCAACAAGAUGAAAGAAACCGUAAUACGUUCAUGGGGAUUUCUAUAGCAGGUGAUUCCAGCUCAAAUGUACAAGAUUUGGAGUUAGGGAGGAGGUGA